AUGAGAGGAACCGCAGGACUCUCGUCUGAACACCCAGCAGUGUCGUCUGCUGAAAUCAGGCUGGUGGAAGGAGCCGGUCGCUGUGCCGGUAGACUGGAGAGGAAAACUCAAGGGAAGUGGACACCAGAGGAGGAAGACUUGACCGGGGACUGGAACCUGACGUCAGCCGCCACCAUGUGCAGACAGCUGGACUGUGGUUCUGUGGUGUCCAUACGAAGAACUUCAUCUUCCUCUGACAGACCUGAUGCUCUGACUUCCAUGUUGAACCUGGAGAGUUCUGAUAUAAUCGUCUUCCGUUCCUCCUUUUCCCACGUGGAGUUCAUCUGUUCAGACUCAGUCAGGCUGGUGAACGGCUCUAGUCGGUGUUCAGGCAGACUGGAGGUGAAGUCCAACCAGUCAUGGUCCCCCGUGAGUCAACAUGCUUUUGACCAGCAUGAUGCUGAGGUGGUGUGCAGGGAGCUGGAUUGUGGAAGUCCUUCAGUCCUCCAGGGGGCGCUCUAUGGAGACCCAGAGGCUCCAGUGUGGAGCAGAGAGUUCAACUGUACAGGUGAUGAAUCUACUCUCCAAGACUGCGGCAGCUCCGUUACGAGAUAUUCUGGUAAAGCUGUUGAAGUCACUUGCUCAGGACCUGAAGAUGUCAGAUUGGUUGGAGGGUCCAGCCGGUGUGGUGGCACACUGGAGAUGAAACAGUGGGGGGAAUGGAAACCAGUGUUUACAGAUUAUUGGAAACUUCGGUUUUCAGGUGAAGUGUGUCGACAGCUGAACUGUGGCUCCCCCAUUUCAACUAAAAGAAUGAAAACCUCUCAGAGAAUCAUCUGGACAUUCAGACCCAACUGUGAUGACCCCACUUUCACCAAAUGUUUUACCAGGCACAAGUAUUCCUCUGAUUCAAUAGAGAUAACCUGCUCAGACUCAGUCAGGCUCGUGAACGGGUCUAACUGGUGCUCAGGCAGACUGGAGGUGAAGUCUAACCAGGUGUGGUCUUCAGUGUGUGAAGAAGACUUUGAUCGGCAGGAUGCUGAGGUGGUCUGUAAGGAGCUCGGCUGUGGAGCUCCGUCAGACCUCCAGGGGGCGCUCCAUGGAGAAAAAGAGGCUCCAGUGUGGAGCAGAGCGUUCCACUGUGAAGGUCAUGAGUCUUCUCUUCUGGACUGUGAAAGCUCAGGACUGAAAAGAAACACCUGCCCCCCUGGUAAAGCUGUGGUACUCACCUGCUCAGAUCCUGUUGAUGUGAAGUUGGUGGGCGGAGCCAAUAGAUGCACCGGUCAACUACAGGUGAAACACAGUGGAGUCUGGAGACCAGCGUUUGAUAUAAACCGUGGAUGGAACCAGAAGGUGUCCGAUUUCGUAUGUGGACGUUUGGACUGUGGUUCAUCCGUCACAACAGCAAUAAGAGAGCAUCAAGAAGAACUUGUGUGGUGGAUCAGUUCUCACUGCAUCGAGAUUAAAUCAAUGAUGGGGGAAUGUGUGAUGCUAAAGGGCGCGUCAAACCCUUUCGUCCUGGAAAUCACCUGCUCAGCAUCCACAGGCCCUGUCAGGCUGGUGGGGGGACCUGACCGGUGUUCAGGCAGACUGGAGGUGAAGUCCAGCCAGGUGUGGUCUUCAGUGUGUGAAGAGGACUUUGACCGGCAGGAUGCUGAGGUGGUCUGUAAGGAGCUCAGCUGUGGGGAUCUUUCUGUCCUCCGAGGGGCGGUCUACGGAGAAACAGGAGCUCCGGUGUGGAGAAGAGAGUUCCACUGUGGAGGCAACGAGUCAUUUCUGCUGGACUGUAACAGAACCAGCUCUGCUGUAAAAACCUGCCACCCUGGAAAAGCGGCUCAUGUCACCUGCUCAGAGUACGUCAGGUUGGUGGGAGAGAACAGCCGCUGCGCUGGGACGCUGGAGAUGUUUUAUCGAGGAGAGUGGAGACCAGUGGUCAACUGGGAUCCUGUCUGGAACCAGAGCUCCACAUCUGUGGUGUGUGCACAGCUGGGCUGUGGUACCGCGGUGUCAUCGAGCACACGUGAAUCUACAGACAGACCCGUGUGGUGGAUCAGGUCCUCCUGUCUGCACUCAGCAUCGUCCCUGCAGCAGUGUCUAACUCUGACUGUUUUCUCUGAAAUCUUUUACCGCCUUGAGGUGAUAUGCUCAGAUUUGCUGGUUAAACCAAAUAUAUCUCUCUCUUCCUCCACUGACGGGGUCUCCAAGUCCCAGACGCAGGGGUCUCAGGUGCUCUUAGGUUCAGAUUUCAGCAUCAUUUGCUCCAUCUUGCCACAGUACCAAGGUGGUUUUUUCCAGCUCAUAUUCACCACCCCCACCGUGACACAGCUCUGCACCCUGCCAGCUGUCAAUCACUCCGCCCUCUUCCUGUUCUCUGCUGCAAACCUCACCCACCAAGGAAACUGCCGCUGUGUUUACCACGUCCAAGUUUUCUCCCACAACUUCUCCUCUAUGGGUCCACCGCUCAGUCUCAGAGUCUCAGAAGAAGGCAGAAGUCGGGACUACAGGGAGUCCAUGGUGCUCUUGAUGGUUGUGGUACCAAAGGACACGGGGACUAAAGCCUCCAAGAGUAGAGAAGGAUGUUUGUUCCUCUUUCAGACAACAAGUUUUACUUCUUACCUGAUUAGAGAGGUUGGCUCCUCUGAUGCCAACCUCCUGUCCCCUCCAGUCAGAACCAACCAGGACCUGCAGGAUCCACACUAUAAAAGUGGGGCCAGUGUCUUGGUGCUGCGUGCAGAGCGGCUGUCCUGCGUUACGAGGAGGCACCGGAGGCUCCAGGAGCUCCUGCUGGAGCACACUGCAGGUGGGGAGUUGGUCUUCUGGGGGGUUAGAGUUGAUGACCGCUGCGUGGCGUUUGUCUGCUCCACUUCAUCUCGUCCCAGACAGGCUGUGGGGGCUGAAGGUUGUGGCUCAGAGGGCAGCAGCGUUGGAGUUAAUGACAAAGCUUUGUUUGGCGUUAGAUCUGUUUUCGGGAUAGACCGCGGCCAGACAAUAGCGGGGGCCACAGGUCCUCAGAGACCCCCGGGUCAGAGGGCUAAUGUGCCGAUCCUGAGCUAA